CGGCUCCUGCCUCCCGGCGCUCGCGAAAAUUGCGGCCCGGCAGGUGACAGCAUGGAGACGAGCACCUACGACCUCUCCGGCAAGACGCUGACGAUUGCGCCCAUCGGCGGUUUUGCAAAGGGUAUGUUCAACGUCAUCUCUUGCGGCACCAUGUCCUUCACCUUCAAUGUUGACAUCCAAGGCGACAAGAUGCAGUUUAACAACAUGAAGGUCUUCGGGUUCGCGCCAAUCUCGCCGUGCCCACUUAUCCCCUACUGUGGGUUUGGGCCAUUCGCAAACGUGCCGAAAUUUGAGAAGGACCCGUCGACCGGCAAGUGGGUUGGCACGGGUGAGUCGCUAUGCGCGGGCGGCUGCUGCGUGCCGAUGUUCCACAACAAGGGUGACGUGAUCGUCAUCACCGACGCCAACGACGGCUCCUCCGCCGAGAAGCCGAUCCAAUUCCUCUCCGGCUCCUCCCCCUCGUAUCCGCCCUGCCUCUGGAACAUGCACGUCGCCGACGCGUACGUCGUCGCCCUCGGCGGCGCGCCGGACGCCGCGGUAAUGCUGAUGGAGCGCUAACUAAAAGCGCGCGCGCUCGCUCUGGGGACUGGGCGCCGCGUCUCAGACCUCGUCUCUCUCAGUGAGUGGCCUGCGAUCCGGCGCGCAGGAUAAUGAGUGACUUUAGCUGUGAGCUGUGAGGGUGUUCAGCCACGACCACUGACUGACUGGUCACGUUGGUUGCGCUGCUCGGCCCUAGCAAGCAGUCUCCCCGGCCGCGAGCGAUCGAAUUCCGGACGAUCAUCACGUGCGGGGUAUAGUGAGAUGUCUCGGAAGCUCCCCGCGAGCAUGCUCCGCCCAUGAGCUCCCCCUUCCUAAAA